ACGGGCUCAGGGAAGACCACUCAGAUCCCUCAGUACCUCUAUGAGGCAGGAAUUGGCAGGCAAGGAAUCAUUGCUGUGACCCAACCUCGCAGAGUAGCAGCCAUAUCCUUGGCCACCAGGGUCUCAGAUGAGAAGAGGACAGAGCUGGGCAAACUGGUUGGCUACAGCGUGCGUUUUGAUGAUCUCACCUCUGAGGAGACCAGGAUCAAGUUUUCCACAGAUGGGAUGUUGCUUAGGGAGGCCCUGGGGGACCCUCUGCUGCGCAAGUACAGCGUUGUCAUCCUGGACGAGGCCCACGAGAGGACAAUCCACACUGAUGUGCUCUUUGGGGUGGUGAAAGCUGCACAGAAGAAACGAAAGGAGCUGGGCAAACUGCCACUGAAAGUGAUCAUCAUGUCAGCUACCAUGGAUGUUGACCAGUUCUCCCAGUACUUCAAUGGAGCUCCUGUUCUCUACUUGGAAGGUCGGCAACAUCCCAUCCAGAUCUUUUACACCAAGCAGCCUCAGAGUGAUUACCUCCAAGCAGCACUGGUGUCAGUCUUCCAAAUUCACCAGGAAGCACCCUCUUCUCAGGACAUCCUGGUGUUUCUGACUGGCCAGGAAGAAAUUGAAGCAAUGACCAAAACCUGUCGAGACAUUGCCAAGCACCUCCCUGAUGGUUGCCCACAGAUGACAGUGAUGCCUCUUUAUGCUUCUCUGCCCUAUUGCCAGCAGCUCCGUGUCUUUCAGGCUGCCCCCAAGGGCUCUCGCAAAGUGAUCCUCUCCACCAACAUUGCAGAGACCUCCAUCACCAUUGCUGGCAUCAAAUACGUGGUGGACACGGGCAUGGUCAAAGCAAAGAAGUACAGCCCUGAAAUGGGCCUGGAAGUGCUGGCAGUGCAGAGGGUGUCCAAGGCCCAGGCCUGGCAAAGGACAGGGAGAGCAGGGAGAGAGGACAGUGGGAUCUGCUACAGGCUCUACACCGAGGAAGAGUUUGAGAAGUUUGACAAAAUGACCAUACCUGAGAUACAGAGGUGUAACCUGGCCAGUGUGAUGCUUCAGCUCCUGGCCCUGAGAAUUCCCAAUGUGCUCACCUUUGACUUCAUGUCCAAACCAUCUCCUGAUGCUAUUCAAGCAGCAAUUGAGCAGCUGGACCUGCUGGGAGCUGUGGAACGAAAGGAAGAUCAGCUUGUCCUGACUCCCCUGGGCAGGAAGAUGGCAGCCUUUCCACUGGAACCCAAGUUCUCUAAAACCAUCCUGGUGUCCCCCAAGUUCCACUGCACAGAAGAGGUCCUGACCAUCGUGUCGCUGCUGUCGGUGGACAGUGUCCUCUACAACCCUCCUGCCCGGAGGGAUGAAGUGCAAUCUGCCAGGAAGAAAUUCAUCUCCAGUGAGGGGGAUCAUCUAACNCUGCUGAACAUUUACAGAGCCUUCAGAAAUGUCAAUGGCAACAAGGAAUGGUGCAGAGAGAACUUUGUGAACAGCAGGAACAUGUUGCUUGUGUCAGAUGUCAGAGCUCAGCUCAGGGACAUUUGUGUGAAGCUAUCGAUGCCCAUCGAGUCCUCCCGCUCCGACACGGGCAACAUCCGCCGCUGCCUGGCUCACAGCCUCUUCAUGAACGCCGCCGAGCUGCAGCCAGAUGGCACCUACAGCACGGUGGAUUCCCACCAACCAGUGGCCAUCCAUCCAUCCUCUGUGCUCUUCCACUGCAAGCCAGCCUGCCUGGUGUACAACGGGCUGCUGCACACCAACAAGUGCUACAUGAGGGACCUGUGCGUGGUGGAUGCCGACUGGUUGUACGAGGCAGCGCCCGACUAUUUCCGCAGGAAGCUCCGGACAGCCAAGAACUGA